AUGUCAGAUGAUGAUGUUGAGAUUAUUCACUCGAGUCAAUACGGAGUUAAUCUGCCUUAAUAAGUCCUUAACAGUCAAAUUAUUCCCAAGCUCUAAUCUGAUAAUCAAGUAAUACGUUUUCUGAAUUUUAGAAACUUCAACAAAGCAACAAAUCGCUGGAGAAUGAGAUCAAACAAUACAAACAAUUAUUGGAGCAAACCUUAGAAACUCUGCGACAAUCUGAAAGAGAUCAAAAUACAUUGAGUAUCACUAUCGUUCAUCUAAAUUUUAGAACUUCAACUUUCCUAAAAGGAUUUCUAACUUUAAGCAAUCUAGGCGAAUGUAGAGGAACGUUAAAAAAGCGCAAAAAUCGAAUCACAUUAAAAAUUAAAGGAUAGCAAUUCUAGUAAAAAAUGCUGUAAAUUAUAAUAGACCGAGAUUCCUUUGGUAAUAAGUAAACAAAUGUGUCUUCCAUCGGUGGUUUCUUAUCAUCCACUUAAAGUCCUCGUUGUUAAUGCGAUGGUGUAAUUUACUUCAUUAAUAUUAGUUUCAUACCAGAGGACAAACGCUCAUAGAGACUAUGAUCAAGAUUCAAUUCUCUUUAAAAUAAAAUGAGUAAAGUGCUUAUUCUUAGGACCUUUUCAAAAUAUUGUAAGAAUUAGAAGAGAAUUUAAAAUAGUUUUUAACUCUUCAUGAAUAAUUUGCAAUUGAAGUAUUUUUAUGUUGUAAAAAUAGAUUCAUCGAAAUAGAAUAGAUCAGACAGAAUAACAAUCUCAAACUAAACAACAAUCCACCCAUUCAAUGAGUGAUCAUUUUCAUUCUUUGGAAGAUUAAAACACCAAUCAAAAUCCAAAUCAGUAAAUACUGAAUAAUGAUGAACUUGACACCAGCCAAUUCGAAAGUGAAUAACACAUCAAAUAGUAAUUUGAAUGUUUCGAAAUGUCAUUGGCAAAAUUGAAUGAAGAGGAAAAACAAUAUUGGAAAUAAAAAUUACUAUAAUUAAUAAACACUCUUUGA